CCACACUGGAUUAUACUAUAUUACAAAGUACACGAUAAUUCAUGAUUUACCACAAAUACACACAUACUUCAAGCACGAAUCUAGUCUUCGAGUGCCGCCCCAACCCUACCACCUCAGCUCGAAUGACAUCGACAAAAUCUCCGGGCCCGCAAGCAACUACACUGAUUCUCGCGUAUCCAGCACUUACCCCCUGCUGAAGGAUUUGAUGCUAGCCACACCCAGUUUCGCCAGCCUGGAAGACGCCCUCAAUGCUUUGAAAUGUGGCUCGGAGGUCUUGGAGCACGUCUACGCUUCAU